UUUAAAAUUUUGAUAAAAAUUUAUUCUGUAAACAACGAUAAAUAAUUUAAAAAUCAUAUUAAUAAACAUGUUUGGACUUUGUAAUAUUUAAAAUAGUUAUUAUAUAAUUAUAUUCGAAUACAAUUCAUCAAGUAGAGUAUAAAACUAUUAUAAUUAUCUUAUAUAAAAAUUCGUUCAUUAUAUUUUAUAGUUUAUAAAUAUUAAAAGUAAUAAAUAAAACAUUAUUAAUCUUUCUAUAAUUUUGUGAAUUAGUUGCCAUAAACUGUUAUUUGUAAUAUUCUUUAGAUUAUAUGACAAGUGAUGUUAAAUGUUUUUAGACUUGCCUUAAAUUUUUUAGAUCUAAUUUAAAUAAAUAAAAAUUAAAAACAAUCGACCAAUCAAAUUAUAACAUUUUUUUUGAAACUUCACCUAUGAGUGACAUGUCACCAAACCUCACUAAAGUGACUUCUAUUUUAAUAUGUAAGGGGAUUUGAAUACAAUUCAUCAAGUAGAGUAUAAAACUAUUAUAAUUAUCUUAUAUAAAAAUUCCUUCAUUAUAUUUUAUAGUUUAUAAAUAUUAAAAGUAAUAAAUAAAACAUUAUUAGUCUUUCAAUAAUUUUGUGAAUUAAUUGCCAUAAACUGUUGUUUGUAAUAUUCUUUAGAUUAUAUGGCAAGUGAUGUUAAAUAUUUUUAGACUUACCUUAAAUUUUUAGAUCUAAUUUAAAUAAAUAAAAAUAAAAAACAAUCAACCAAUCAAAUUAUAACAUUUUUUUUGAAACUUCACCUAUGAGCGACACGUCACCAGACCUCACUAAAGUGACUUUUCUUUUAAUAUUUAGGGGGAUGUUUGAACUUUGAGAAAUUAAUACAAUGUUAUCAUCAAAUAUUCAGCAUUCAACAUAAAUGACCAUUUCUUUUGGAAACAAAUCAUUACAUAUAAUUCUCUCUCUAUAUAUAUAUACCAGCUAGAUUCCAAUGGUAUAUCAAUAAUUGUCUCAACCAAUUAUCAGAGAAAAAACUAGAAAAUAUGAAGAAUGCAUUUUCACUUGUGGUUGUAAUCAUCUUCUUUGCCUUGCUUUCUUCCGUUGCUAAUAAGGUGAAUGCCAACUCAUGCCAAGACCCUCUAGGUAGUUGUCUACAAUGUGAUGAGAGAUGCAAGGCCAAGCAUGGGCCAACGGGCCAAGCAAGUUGCGACAGUCGAAACCAACUAUGCACGUGCUAUUACAAGUGCGGACCGCAAUCACCAAUUCCUCCACAUAACAAACAAUGCUACGGCGGGACUGGCUUGUGCAGCAGUGCAUGCAAUCAAAACUGUGCACAAAAGUAUCCUAGUGGAUCUGGAUUUUGUGAGAGCAUUGGCAACUUUAAACUGUGCAAAUGCCAGUAUCCUUGCUAGUUUUUAAAAAAAAGUUAUAACUGAAAAAAAUCAAUAAAACGAAAUCAGUUUACUUUCA